AACAAUAUUUUCAGAAAAAAUGCUUCUUGGACGAUGACGAUAGCUGGAAACUACUUCACAGGACAGUGUUCACAAGUCCCGGAGAAUCUUGAAGCUUCCAACUUGAGGAAAUCGGGAAGAAGAUUGCCAAGAACUGCGAAGGACUUCCUUUAGCUAUUGUUUCCAUUGGCAAGCUGUUGCGCCAAAAUGAGAAGACAGUCGAAUAUUGGAAAAAUGUUUCCGAGGAUGAAAAUCCACUUUGUAUUGGGGUCGACGACAACUCUCACAUCACAAAGUCACUCCUCAUGAGCUAUGCCAUGUUGCGUCGUGAUUACAAGACGUGCUUUCUCUAUGCAGGAGUGUUCCCACGGAGCUACGUGAUAUCUGUCUCUGAACUCAUUAGAUUAUGGGCAAUGGAGGGUUUUACAGGUGGAAGAAGUUAUCGAGUCGACGCUGAGGUUAUGCUGGAUGAACUUGUCUCGGCAAGUGUUGUUCUGGUUCACAAAGAGAGCUCCACAUUCUUGAACUUCAAAGCAUGUCGAGUCCAUUAUGUCUUUUGGAACUUAUGCAUUAGUAUAGCCGAGAAGGAGAAGUUUUGCCAUGUUCUAAAUAAAUAUACAUAUAGUUUUCCCCUGGGAACAAAUCAUCACCCGCGGAUGUGCAGCCACAACAAUGUUAUUCUCGGCAUUGAGGAAGUGCGCGCCACAAUGGAGUCGAUUUUAUCCAUACGGUCUCUUCUCUGUUUAGGUCCGUAUAAUCCAUAUCCAAUGCGGAUAAACUUAUGUUUUACAUUGUUGAAGGUAUUAAAUGCAGUUACAAUCCGCUUCUACACAUUCCCGGACCAAAUACUAAAUCUAGUUCGGCUGAAGUACCUCGCCAUCACAUACGGUGGAGUACUCCCAAAGUCUAUCAAAACUUCAAAAACUUCAAGUUUUGAUCGUGGGUCGACAUGUAGAUAUAAAAUCCUCGGAGGGUGUUUCUUAUCUACCUACAGAAAUCUGGAAUUUGAAGCAGCUAUGGCACCUCCAGUGCUCAGAAUUCGACCUACUGGAUCCUUGUACAGAUCAAACUUUUCUACAAACCUCGAAACAUUGUCUGAUGUGAGUGCUCGCAGCUGCACUAGGGGAAUUCUUGCAAGAAUGACUAAUCUAAGGAAGUUAGGAAUCCGUAUCGUGCUAGGACAGGAAGAAAAAGAAAACUUCGGUUUUUUCAGCGACAUUGCCGAUAUGAAACCUGACCUCGAUUCAUUCAAAUGCAUUGUCUCGGGUUUCAACACUCGAGUUAUUCCAGAACUCCCCAAAUUUCCCUGUAAAAUUAGAAAGAUAACAUUGAGUGGAUGCAGAUUUCCAUGGAAGCGUAUGACAGUCCUUUGCAACUUAUCUUCUCUUCGAGUACUAAAACUUCGAUGCAAUGCCUUUCGCGGCCCAGUGUGGGAAUUUGCUCAGGGGGGACUUCUCUUUCUCGAAUACUUACUGCUAGAAGACUUGGACAUGGAGGUUUGGGGAGCUGACACUCUACAUUUGCCUAAACUGCAGAGCCUAGCAAUCCGACAUUGCUACAAAUUGCGCGAGAUUCCUAUCGGUUUUGGGGACAUCUACAUCCUUUAUAUAGUGGAGUUGGAAGAUUGUUGUCCAUCAGUCGCCACUUCGGCUAAAAAAAUACAAGAGCCUCACCGAAAGAAUUUUUUUCCAUUUUCGCAUCUGCAAAUUCAUAUCCAUUCGUCGUGGGAAGACAAAAAGAAAGCCUGAGAUGAUCCUCUAGUUGGCUCACAGGGUGAUUGGAGAAGGCAUAAGGCCAAGACAUCCUACGUCUGCACUCCAAUUAACAAAUGUUUUGGCUGUCCCCUAAUGAUUCAGUUAAGACUCGCUUUAGUGCCACCGUAAUUAUCUUUCCAUAUAUCCAUUUUUCCAUAAA